AUGGAGCACAAAGAAGUGGCAUCGUGGAGGAAGGCGGUGCCCAGCUACACCCAGUCCAGCAGUGCCAUGGACUUCCGUAUGUGGAGCUCUCUGCCCGGCGAUGACAGCCUGGAACCCCUGCCUCUCAACUGGGAGAUGGCCUACACCGAGACGGGCAUGGUCUACUUCAUAGAUCACAACAGCAAGACCACCACCUGGCUGGACCCCCGCCUGGCCAAGAAGGCCAAGCCCCCAGAGAAGUGUGAGGAUGGAGAGCUCCCGUAUGGCUGGGAGGAGAUAGAGGACCCACAGUAUGGAACAUAUUAUGUAGAUCACAUCAACCAGAGAACCCAGUUUGAGAACCCAGUCCUGGAGGCUAAGAGGAAGCUGAGCCAGGAGACUACUGUCUCUAUCCAGCAGGGGGCACCACCACCUCCAGGUGAGGGGGGUGCGUCAGGCUUCACCCCAGACCCAUCCCAGCUGCAGGGGGAGAUGUUCCACACUGCUCUGAGGAAAAGCUCCCAGGGCUUUGGCUUUACCAUCAUAGGGGGCGACCGCCAUGACGAGUUCCUGCAGGUGAAGAACGUCCUCAGCGACAGCCCUGCUGCCCAUGACAACAAGAUUUCCUCCGGCGAUGUGAUCGUGGAGAUCAACGGGAAAUGUGUGCUGGGGAAGACCCACCCUGAGGUGGUUCAGAUGUUCCAGUCCAUCCCAGUAAGUCAGUAUGUUGAUAUGGUGCUGUGCCGCGGCUACCCGCUGCCCCCAGACGUGGCGGAGGACACCAAGAACCCCCCUCCCCCACCUCCUCCGCCCCUGCAGGGGGGCGAGGUGGUGACUGCCGUGCCCCUCAUCAAUGGCCAGCCCCUGCUGGUGAAGGGCGACGUGCUGCACGGCUCCUCCCAGGAGCUCCACUACGUCACCACCGACGCCAGUGGACGGCCAAUGGUGGCCGCGCUGCCCAACGGGAGGCUCUCUGAGCAGGGGGGAACAGGCCUGCUGCAGCCCGAGCUGGUGAGCGUGCCCCUGGUGAAGGGCCCGGGGGGGUUUGGCUUUGCCAUCGCAGACUGUCCCCUUGGCCAGAAGGUGAAGAUGAUCCUAGACGCCCAGUGGUGCCGCGGCCUGCUUAAAGGGGACGUGAUCAAGGAGAUCAACCGUCAGAAUGUUCAGACUCUGAGCCACGCCCAGGUGGUGGACAUCCUCAAAGACCUACAGGUGGGGAGCGAGGUCAACGUGCUGGUGCUCAGAGGAGGUCAGACAUCUCCUGUGAAGAGCCUGAAACCUAGGCAGGAAAUUACAUCUAGCACAGAGACUCUGGACUGUGUCACAGACUCUGUCCCCCAGACCCUCCCUUUCCACUCCAACACUUCAACCCUGCGCAACAACUCCCCCAAACGAGACGCCACAGAGAUGUACCUCAAGUCCAAGGCCCUGCUGGAGAGCAAGCAGCCUCACACCAAAGACCUGGAUGUGUUCAUCAAGAGGGACCAGGAGACUGGCUUUGGCUUCCGUGUUCUGGGAGGAGAAGGUCCAGAGCAGCCAGUGUAUAUUGGUGCCAUCGUGCACCUUGGUGCAGCUGAGAAGGAUGGACGCCUGAGGGCUGGUGAUGAGCUCAUAGGCAUCGAUGGAAUCAUGGUCAAGGGCCGUUCCCACAAGCAGGUUCUGGACCUGAUGACUAACGCUGCCCGCAAUGGUCAGGUCAUGCUGACCGUGCGUCGGAAAGUCAUCUACAGAGAUAUGACUGAGGAGGAGGCAGGGCUCCACAUGGCUCCAGUGUUGGUGAACGGCUCCCCCAGACUCCCUCGUAUCCAGAUGCCCAGUGUGCUGGACCACGAGUCCUUCGACAUCACCCUCCACCGCAAGGACAGCGAGGGCUUCGGCUUCGUCAUCCUCACCUCCAAGAGCAAGCCCCCGCUAGGGGUGAUCCCUCAUAAGAUCGGACGCAUCAUCGAAGGCAGCCCCACUGACCGCUGUGGCCUGCUGAAUGUAGGCGACCGCAUCUCAGCGGUCAACGGGCGGUCCAUCGUGGGGCUGUCUCACAAUGACAUCGUUCAGCUCAUCAAGGAUGCUGGCAAUGCUGUCACCCUUACUGUGGUUCCCGAGGACGAAUACAAGGGCCCUCCCUCUGGUGCCAGCUCAGCCAAGCAGAGCCCCGCCCCUCAUCACAGAGCUAUGGGUCAGAGGUCAGCUAUGCAUGAUGAGCGUUAUAACCUAGAUCUGGAGGAGGAGAAGAGGGAGGGAGUCACCUGGGCCGACUACAAAACUCUGCCUCUGAGCGAACAGGGAACAAUGUGUGUUACAGGCCCCAGACAGGCAAGGCUCAUACCAUUAUUACUGUCAUUGUUUUUAUCUGGUGUUUUAGAGAUUUUACAUCAAUCAAAUAAUAUAUGACUCAGAAAAAACUGCACUAAGUUAUAACUUAAGUUAUAACGUGUGUGUACGUGCUUGUGUGUGCUUGUGUGUGUGUGUGUGUGAGUGCAUGUGCUUACAUGCAUGUGAGUGUGAGUGUUUGCAUGCUUGCGUGUGUGUACAUAUGUGUGUGUGUACGCAUGCGCCACGCAGGGCUGUAUCACGGUGGAGCUGGACCGGGGGUCCCGGGGUUUUGGCUUCAGUCUGAGGGGAGGGACAGAGUACAACAUGGGCCUGUACAUCCUGAGACUGGCUGAGGAGGGGCCUGCCCUGCUGGACAGCAGGAUCCAUGUGGGGGAUCAGGUAGUGGAGAUUAAUGGGGAGCCGACCCAGGGGAUCACCCAUACCCGCGCCAUUGAGCUGAUCCAGGCUGGAGGCAGCAAAGUGCUGCUCCUGUUAAGGCCAGGGCAGGGUCUGGUACAAGACAACAGUAAAUUGGAUCCAACUGUCACUUCAUCCACAAGCUUUCCUAGAGAGGCGCUUGUCUCAGAGACAUCCCCUCUCGCUUCUCCAUUCUCCACCUGCACCUUCACCUCAGGUUCCUCCUCUUUCACCAGUGAGACCCCUGACUGGAACUCCCUGUCCCACCGAACGCUCCACCCCCAGUGCAGCAGGGGCACUGGCUCAGUGGAGUGGAAUGGAGAGUGGGCAGACAGGCAGGCUGACAGGCUCUCUCCCAUCACCCCUGAGCAGAUCAACCUCUAUAAGGUCAAAUCAGGUCAUACCAGGUCUAAAGUCUCCAAGGAGCCCAGCAGCCCAAAGAAAACAGGUGAAACAUUCUCUAAAGCCAAAGAGCACUCACAGAGUCCCAAAAAGUCUGAGAGGAAGGGACAGGAAGCAGAGCCAAGCAAAAACAGGAAGUCCCACUGCCAGAAAGGAAGUUGGUCACCCAGCCCCAAGAAGUCUUCUCGAAAAAGACAGGAAGUCUCGAGCCAGCUGCAUGUAAAGAAACAGCAGGUACAGCAGAGCACAUCAAAGGAGCUUUCCAGCAAGGAGCCCUUUGAUGAAAACAAAAACAGCAAAAGGGGAGAUUCAAAGGGCAGGAAAAGCACACAGGAGAGAGAAGGGAUAACGGGAAAGACCAAGGCUGCCCAUGGCCAGGUCAGUAUUGAAAAGAAAGUGGGAACAGAGGCAGGACAUCACAUGCCAACCCCUAUGGAGACAGGGGCAUGGAAAGAUAUUCUGAAAGUUACUCUAGAGAAGAGUAAACCUCAAGAUGGAGAAAAGGAAAAACGCAAAGAGCAGAAAAGCAAAAAAUACAUAGGGGCUUCCUUAAAAGAGGCAAAGACUAGAAAAUAUUAUGAGGCCUCUACAACAGAGGAAAAGAGUAUAAAAGACACACAGGCCUCUCCAAAUGCCAUUCAGCAGGAUACUCUGAACCAAAAGGGUCAGAUUAGCCCGGGCCCCUGGAAAGUCCCCAGCUCAGCCAGAAUCCUCUCCCAGGCUGAGGUGCUGCAUAAUCCCCCUUACUGAUACAGUAUGGACAACACUGUGUGGACACAUAAUACACAGACUUGAGCUGUACCACAACAUGCUGUAUAUUGUUGGUCUGUUUCUUUCUCCAAUGAGAGGGAUGGACGAGGAAUGGCAGGCAACCUUAUCGGCCAUGUGUCAUGUCCAUCUGUGUCCGUGAAGAGGACUUUUUUAAGCUCUAUUGGCCUUUGACAUUAGGAAUGGCGUGUAAAGCCAACACUCAUCUCUCUUCCUGCCUCGUGUGCUGCUUCAGACAUCUCUGAUCUGGGCCAUACGCAUGUUUGGAAUGUUUAGGGCCUAUUCUUGGACAUCUUGUGGAAUGAAAACUAACCAUACUUCACCCAUUAUAAUGCAACUAUUAUCCCAUAUGCAACCAAGCAGAAAGGUCUUUAACACACACAAAGUUAAGCUGUCAGUAAAGGUUUUAUUUUCAUGUUGGGUAUCUACAGCAAGCACCUUGGGAUUGGCCUUUUCACAUGGCACUCUUUUCCCAAGGGAUUUGCUCAACUGCAUGCAGUCCGUACGUUUAUUUUAUUGCACGCCUUUACCACUCCACUGAGUAUGAUCCUUUCACCUGAUGUGAAAAUACUGAUGCCGAAGUUCUGACCUUAACACCAUGUAGAGAUUUCAGACUUUAUUCAGAAAGCAUUAGCUUUACGAAGGAUUCUAGACUGUUCUAAGACAAUAGUCAUGAUUCGUGAAUACAAAAUAUAUCAUUACAAAAGACCAGAAACUUGUGGUUUGAGAUAUUGUUUACCAUGUGUAUGAUAACCUAUGUGUAAUUUAUUGGAAUUAUAGAUUAAUAUAGAUAUACAGUACCAGUUAAAAGUUUGGACACACUUACUCAUUCAAGGGU